CUGAAACAAAGGUUGGUCUGCAUCACCAUCACUCUUUGUGUGCUAGUAUUUGAAACAUUUUCUAGUUGUAAGACUUUAUCUGAAGAUUUUGGAGUUGAUACUAACGAUUUCCUAUCUAUGAAGUAUGUACUUGAGGAGCUUAAUGUAAAAGCAAUCCUUCCUUGCAACGAUACAUUGAAAUACACAUCUUUAAGAGCCGAACCAGACUACAGCAUCUUAGGUGUCAGAUUGGGAAAGGCUAUGGGAUCUGUUGCUAAGGAGGUCAAGGCAAUUAAGCAGGCUGAUAUUUUAGCUUUUGAAAGCUCUGGAGAAGCUACAUUUUCUGGCCACUGUUUAAAAUUUAAUGAAAUUAAGGUUUGUGAUUAACUUGAUAAGUUAUAG